AUGGUUCGGAUGAUGGAGUCUCAGUGCGAGUAUUUCAUGUAUUUCCCCGCGGUGCCUAUCUCCGACCUGUCCGACCCGGCCCGUUACAGAACCCUACCCCGGCGCAGUCACCUCUACCUCGGCGAGACGGUCCGCUUCCUCCUGGUGCUCCGGUGCAGGGACGCGUCCUGCGGAGAGACACCGACAGGGCCGGGGAUUGGGACAGUGGAAGGCGGGGGAGGUGUUGCUGGGUUCGGCUCGGAGACCCCAAGUAUCCGGGAAUGGAGGGAGCUGGCCGGUUCUCUGUGCGCCGUGGCCAGCGUCAGCCCCGGAGAGAGCAGGCACCGGUCGCAUCAUCACCAAGAUUACCAGAGCAGCGGGGACGAGGGCACGGAGGAGGCCGGGGAUGAGUACGGGGCUCCGGCUUUGACAAGCAGGGUGGAUGCGAGAUGCCGGGGGUUCAGGGAAUGCAGGCCUCUUCUCAUCCACAACACCACGGGGAGUGGGGGACGGGAGUUCCGCAGGGCGCCGUUGCAGGUAUGGAUAUCAUUAUGGGUUAUGGGAAUCGUUAUGCACUCUAAAAAGUAAAGGUUCCUGGAGGAUCCUUUAGGGGUUCUUCAAAUUGAAACUGUGGGGGAAGCCCUAUAAGUUAUUCGAAUAACUCCUUUCAAUGGAUCCUCAAAGAACCUUUUGAAGAACCUUUUGGGGUUAAUAUUUGAACUACUCCCCCCCCUCCCCUAUUAUUAGUAGUAGUAGUAAUACGCUUAACAAUAACAACAAUAACACAAUAAUUUAGUUGUCAGUGUUUAUUAGGAUUUUAGUGGCAAAGCAGAAUAAAAACAUCUAAAUAUAAGGUAAACUCCCAGCAGAGGCCCAAGUCCAAUUGGUAUAUUGAUGUGUUGAUGUUCUCCGUAUCCAUAGCCAGAAUGAUUUUGCAGUGCAUGGUGAUCGAACAGGUUUCCUGUUAUAUUCAUCAGAGGUGUAGGGAGGGUGAAGUCUGUGAAUCCAAAAAAUAGCAAUUAUACAGAUGAUUAACAAAACAUGCACAUGACAGUAUUCAUACCUUGGCAUUUGUGAUAAAUGUGGAUGAAUACAAUUAUUUUGAUAAUGGUUUUCAUACACAUACCUUGUCCAUAAUGUAGAGGCCUAUGGGAUUUUCCUUGAAGAGGUAAGGGAGGAGGAUUGUACAUGUGAUCUGCAUAACAUACCAAUACCAAUUGACAUACCUUUGUAUGCCUCCUUCUCUGUAAACCUGCAGACACAGACACAAAAGUGAGCAGUUCAGUCAUCUGCACCCAAUACAGCUAGCCUUCAACAUAUUCUUAUAGCCAACAUAUUAUUACCUAUUUGUUGAUUGAUAACCAUUGAAUUGUAUCCAUUUUCUGUUUUAGAAAGAUUUGCACAAAUAUGAAAAGAUAGAUGGUAUCAUCAUAAAACAAUAUAAAUGUAGAUCAUACAAGGGACAAACCUUACCUUAAAUUGUGGAGCUCUUUUUCAGUUAAGUGCCUGCACCUGCUGUCCUUUCAAAUUCAAAUCCAAAUGUUUCAGUUGGGCUGUUAGGUCCUGCAAGAACCCCCACCAACUAAUGAGGUUCCUUGAUGAACCCCACCUCCUAUGGGUUUUAGAGUGUGGGUUAUUUGGUAUUGUGUGUGUUUGUUGUGUAACUUUGGUGUUCUAGAUUUUGCUAUGAUAAUUAUUUCAAGGAAUCUACUUAUGUCUUUCUUUCUUUCUUUCUUUCUUUCUUUCUUUCUUUCUUUCUUUCUUUCUUUCUAUAUGCCCUUCUAAGGGAAUUCAUCUAUAUGUCUGCCCCUCUCUGCCUAUUCUGCACUAACCCCUUACCUUAGCUAUAUUUACUCUGACCUGCUCUCACAAGUCACCUCAGAAUGCAAACUGACAGGUUGAUGCAAACAGUAUAUAUUUUUUCCAGAUGGCCUCUCAUCUCUAUUCUGUAAUCCACAUCAUAACAUCAACACCCAGCAGCACCCGCUGACAUACUGGGAACUUUCUUAUAAGCCCCAUAUUACAGUGUCAGUAUAGAAAACAUAGCAAUCCUAUGAAAUUAGUAUUUCUAAUUCCUAAUUCUAUGAUAGAAACUGACAUGACACCAUAAGGGGUUGGUUGGUUGGUCAGUCAGUCAGGAGUCGUUCCUACUGGCCUGAGAAGAUGUGUGAUUUCCAUGGGCUAGGUAAAGUCCUUCAUUUGAACGAGUAUCAUAGAGUUGUAGCCAGCUAAUAAAGUAUCAGCAGCAACAUCAUAGAUCACACUAACUAAAUCCACUACUGUACUGUACUGUUGUCUCACAGGCAUAGACAAUCAGAAAACAUCUACAGUAUUUGUGUCUGCCUCUGUGUCUUUUGUUGACCUUGCCACAAUAGUGUGUGUGAGGAGAACAACAGGGACUCCCUGUGUUGUCUCUUCAUGACUGACUGAAGAUGGAGAGGCAUGUUGUGUAACAAUGAUCAGUCUCUGUGACUGCAGUAAUUAGAGCAUGGGUAAUAUUCACUCUCUCUCUCAUCUUUUUCCGUCUCUCCUUUUUUUUCUUUCUUCUGCUCAUUUUUUUUGUCUAUUUAUUUUCCCUCCUUACUUCCUCCCUCCUCUCACUCUGCUCUCUGUCUCUCUCUCCCUCUUCCUCCCUCUUUUCUCGCCCUCACUCCCCCCUCUUUCUCCUCUAGUCUCCAUUGGACGAGCCUGUUGUGUUGACUGAUGAGGUCAUCUUCCCCCUGACCGUGUCAUUGGACAAACUCCCCGUCAACACCCUCAAAGUCAAGGUGAGAGGUCAGACUAAUAGUGCACUAUAUAGGGAAUAUGCCAUUUAGGACACAUCCUCAGUGUUCCAUUAAUGCAUUUGCAAAACUUCAGUCUUGUGAACAAGGUCUUCACAUUUUGCAUAAAGAAAUUACAUUCAUACAGUACUCUUGGAAGGCUUGGUUUUAAAUCAAGUGUGAACAGUGAACAAUGACAUCUUUGAGGGGCUCAUUAUCUGCGUAUUGUUUGUGUGUGUGUGUCCAGGUGAUGGUGACGGUGUGGAAGAGAGAGGCAGAGAAAGCAGAGGUUCAGGAACAUGGCUACCUUAGCAUCCUACAGCAGCGAGUCCCCACACACACCUUCAGACAAGACCUUAACACCUUCAAAGCACAGGGUACACACACACCCACACGCUCAAACACACCUUCUUCCAUGACUUCAACAACUUCAAAGCACAGGGUACACAAACACACACACUUGUCAACAGAGCAUCGCUAACAAAGCCAUGCUACUUUCUCUUUGGCCAUAUUAGAUAUUGAUAUGAAUCAGUUAUCUAUGUUUAUUGCCUUAAUCCAUCUCAGAUUUAACUCAGCACCCCCUCUCUCCUCUCUCCUCCACAGUGAGCACCACUCUGACAGUGCUACCGCCCCCAACUGUUCGCUGUAAGCAGAUGACUGUCUCUGGGAAGCACCUCACCGUGCUCAAAGGUAUGAGGGCCAGAUGGCCAGUACUGUCACAACUCAUUUGAGAGUCAAUACUAAUGCCACUGACACAAUAAUUGGAUUAGAUAGAUUAGAUGGAUGUUACUUAAACUACUGCCUCCUGACCUUAUUUCUCUUCUCUCUGGCUCCUAUUCCCAUUUUAACCGUUUUCUUUCUCCUCUCUCUCUCCCCCCUCUUUCUCAGUAUUAAAUGAGUGUUCUCAGGAGGAGGUGACUGUGAGGGACGUGAGGAUUCUGCCAAACUUCAACGCCUCCUACCUGCCCAUGAUGCCAGAUGGAUCUGUGAUGCUUGUCGACAACGUGUGGUACGACUGUGUGUGGGUGUGAGAGGGACAAAGGGGGGAGAGAGGGUCUGUAUAUGUGUGUAACUGUUUUAUUUGUGCCUUAUGUUGACUGGGAAAUGUUAGUACUCUACAUUAUAAGUUGGUGUCCACACAUAGUGUCUUUACUGGUACAUCUAACUCUUGUCUUCCUCACAUCCGGGAUGUUAUAUUUUGUCUAUCCUCUCAGCCACCAGUCAGGAGAGGUUGCCAUGGCGUCGUUCUGCAGGAUGGAGAGUGUGGCCUGUCGACUACCCAGCAUGCUCAGCGCCCUGGAGGAAUAUGACUUCCUGUUCCAGCUGCAGCUCAGCGACAUGCCCCAGGACGACUCCAAAGAGGUGUGUGAGUGUGUGAGAGAGUGAGAGAGAGAAAUACAUUACUGAGCCCGUCUUCCCCAAUUAAGGUGCCACCACCCAUCUGUGAAUAUGUUUUUUUCUGAGUUAAGUUAAAAGCACUAUGCAGAAAGCCAUUUCCUGGUUGCUAAAAUUCUAAUAGUUCGCCAAAUUUCAGUUUAUGUGACAAAACAAGCAAGUAUAGUGUAGAGAAUCAUUGUACCAACUAAACCGCUGUGAAAUAUAUUUUCUAUAACCAAAACUAUUGUAUUUUCAGCUGUCUGAAGCUGGUGUACAAAAUCAAAUGUAAAAUAUGCAAAAAAAUUAAACUUAAGAACAGGAAGCAUUAAAAUAGCGCACAUAGAACAGAACUACCGCUUCUUAUAAUUGCUUUCAAUGAGAAUGACAGAGCUAUAACUCACAUUUCUAUGUGAAUUUGGUAGGUUCACACCGAAAAGUUACAUAUUGCAUGCAGCUUUAAGCCACUUUUGUCAUUUCAGAGUAUGAUGUGUCACUACGUCACUGUGUGUUUAUUCAGGGUCUUGAAGUUCCUCUUGUAGCAGUGCUUCAGUGGUCAACUCCCAAGAUGCCCUUCACCAACUGCAUCUACACACACUACAGGUGCCACUGAAUUGCAUGUUUGUUGCAUGUGCACAGUGUCACUUCACUACUCAUCUCUGUCUGGCCCACAACUGUUUAUGAUGUUGCUACCAUCCACCCAGAAACUUCAGUUUUCUUAGGUUAGUUUAUUAACCCUCCCUCCCUUCCCUUUUCUCUCCUCCAUCCAUCCCACUCUCCUUCCAGAUUGCCCAGUAUCCGGUUGGACCGUCCCAGGUUCGUGAUGACUGCCAGUAGCCCCAGCACUGUGCAGACCAGGGACCACUUCAGGGUCAGAUACACUCUGCUCAACAACCUGCAAGACUUCCUGGCUGUACGUCUGGUCUGGACACCCGAGGGUGAGGGGUGUGUGAGUGGAGGGUCUGGACAGCGAAGGAAGGUUCCUGGACAAACGUACAAUCAUUGUGACCAAUUAGUUUAUUAAGUUGUUUUUGACAAUGGUGACAGGCAGCCCUAUCUUAUUUCUGUGAAGAACAGUUUUCAAACACCUUUCCAUUUUCUCAGUUUCUUCUCUCCUUUCUCUACCCUCCUGCCCCAUCCCUUUCCCCUCCUUCACCUCCCCCCUCCUCCAGGUCGGGGGCAAAGUGAGGAUGCAGCGUUGGGGGCUGUAGUGUGUCACUCCCCCCUCAGUAACCUGGGCCACUGUCGGAAAGGCUGCACUCUCUCUUUCACUGUCGCCUUCCAGAUACUCAAGGCAGGACUCUACGAGGUACAAUACACACUGGAUGGGGAUACACUUUUGGGGACAAGCUUUUUGUGCAUAUGGAACAUUUCUGGGAUCUUUUAUUUCAGCUCAUGAAACAUGGGACCAACACUUUACAUGUUGCAUAUAUAUAGUACUAAUAAUCAUUAUUAUUGUCUUAUCCUUUCUCCUCUAUAUCUUUCUCUCCUUCUCUAGCUGAGUCAACAUAUGAAGCUGAAGCUGCAGUUCACGGCGUCUGUCUCCAACCCUCCCCCCGACGCCCGCCCCCUCUCCCGUAAGAAUCUAGAGAAUCUACAGAGCCUAUAGAAUGGAAUGAAGGACAAUAUAUACACUAUGACAUGUUAAUGAAGGACAACAGGCUAUGAUACAUUAAUGCAUCAUUUUUGGAGACAUCUUUGAAUAUGAGAUUUGGGAAUGCACACACCCGUCUAUAUAAGGUCCCACAGUUGACAGUGCAUGUCAGAGCAAAAACCAAGCCAUGAGGUCGAAGGAAUUGUCCGUAGAGCUCCGAGACAGGAUUGUGUCGAGGUCCCCAAGAACAUAAUUCUUAAAUGGAAGAAGUUUGGAACCACCAAGACUCUUCCUAGAGCUGGCCGACCGGCCAAACUGAGCAAUCGGGGGAGAAGGGCCUUGGUCAGGGAGGUGACCAAGAACCCGAUGGUCACUCUGACAGAGUUCUAGAGUUCCUCUGUGGAGAUGGGAGAACCUUCCAGAAGGACAACCAUCUCUGCAGCACUCCACCAAUCAGGCCUUUAUGGUAGAGUGGCCAGACGGAAGCCACUCCUCAGUGAAAGGCACAUGACAGCCCGCUUGGAGUUUGCCAAAAGGCACCUAAAGACUCUCAGAUCAUGAGAAACAAGAUUCUCUAGUCUGAUGAAACCAAGAUUCAACUCUUUGGCCUGAAUGCCAAGCGUCACGUCUGGAGGAAACCUGGCACCAUCCCUACAGUGAAGCAUGAUGGUGGCAGCAUCAUGCUGUGGGGGUGUUUUUCAGCGGCAGGGGCUGGGAGACUAGUCAGGAUCGAGGCAAAGAUUAACAGAGCAAAGUACAGAGAGAUCCUUGAUGAAAACCUGCUCCAGAGCGCUCAGGACCUCAGACUGGGGCGAAGGUUCAUCUUCCAGCAGGACAAUGACCCUAAGCAAACAGCCAAGACAACGCAGGAGUGGCUUUGGGACAAGUCUCUGAAUGUCCUUGAAUGGCCCAGCCAGAGCCCGGACUUGCACCCGAUUGAACAUCUCUGGAGAGACCUGAAAAUAGCUGUGCAGCGACGCUCCCCAUCCAACCUGACAGAGCUUGAGAGGAUCUGCAGAGAAGAAUGGGAGAAACUCCCCAAAUACAGGUGUGCCAAGCUUGUAUCGUCAUACCCAAGAAGACUCAAGGCUGUAAAUGCUGCCAAAGGUGCUUCAACAAAGUACUGAGUAAAGGGUCUGAAUACUUAUGUAAAUGUGAUAUUUCUGUUUUUCAUUUGUUAUAAAUUAGCAACAAUUUCUAAAAACCUAUUUUUGCUUUAUCAUUAUGCGGUAUUGUGUGUAAAUUGAUGAGGGGAAAAAACAAUUUAAUACAUUUUAGAAUAAGGCUGUAACCUAACAAAAUGUGAAAAAAGUCAAAGGUUCUGAAUACUUUCCGAAGGCACUGUAUGUUGUUUUUAUUAGUAGUAAAUGACUAAUUCUUUUUUUAACAUGAAGUGAUGGAAAACAAAGAGCAACUGUAUCUAUGUGUUUCUAGGUAAGAACAGUCCAUCCAGCCCUGCAGUCAGAGACCUACUGGAUAGACACCAGGCCAGUCUGGGACGAUCACAGAGCUUCUCUCAUCAACAACCGUCGCGCUCUCACAUCAUGAGGUAAGUAGGGAGGAUACACACACUCACACACACACAGUCAUUAUGUGUCCUCUGUACACUGAUUAAUUGUAUCACAUGCAUCUUUAAGCUCAGACUGGUGUGUCUGUGUUUCAGGACGGGCAGUGCGAUGGAAAGGCGAGCCAUCACCCCCCCGGUGGGCUCUCCUGUAGGUCGGCCCCUCUACCUGCCCCCCCAGGAGAAAGCUGUGCUGUCAUUGGACAAGAUCGCCAAGAGGGAGUGCAAAGUCCUGGUGCUGGACCCAAUCAGCUAG